AUGGAAGAUUAAAAAUUAAAUUUACUAAUAGGUUUAAGUGGUUCUAUUGCAGUAAUAAAAUUAUAGGAAAUCCUUGAAAAGCUAAUAAAAUCAGAAAAGUUUAAUAUAAAAAUAGUUGCGACAUAAAAAUCACUUACUUUUUUUGACUAUGCCAUUCAAUCAUACAUAGAAUAAAAUAAAUUAGAAAUAUUUACAGAUGAAAAUGAGUGGGGAUAAUGGAAAUAACGAGGAGACCCUGUUUUACAUAUAGAUUUAAGAAAAUGGGCUCAUAUUUUUGUUAUAACCCCUUUAUCAGCUAAUACUUUAGCAAAAAUAACAAAUGGAAUAUGUGAUAAUUUAUUAACAAGUAUUGUAAGAGCAUGGGAUUUAACUUUAGAUUCCAAGUAAAUAUUUUUUAGAUAUAAUUAAUAAGAUACUGUUUAAACUAUUCUAAACAAACCAAUUAUAGUUGCUCCUGCAAUGAAUACUUAUAUGUAUAAUCACCCUAUAACUCUAAAAUAAUUAAAUAAACUUAAAAAAUGGAAUUUUAUUAUAAUGGAUACUUUAGAAAAAAUUCUUAUGUGUGGAGACAAAGGUAUUUAUUUAUAACAAAAAGAUUGA